UUCCUUCCUUCCUUCCUUCCUUCCUUCCUUCCUUCCUUCCUUCCUUCCUUCCUUCCUUCCUUCCUUCCUUCCUUCCUUCCUUCCUUCCUUCCUUCCUUCCUUCCUUCCUUCCUUCCUUCCUUCCUUCCUUUCUUCCUUCCUUCCUUCCUUCCUUCCUUCCUUCCUUCCUUCCUUCCUUCCUUCCUUCCUUCCUUCCUUCCUUCCUUCCUUCCUUCCUUCCUUCCUUUCUUCCUUCCUUUCUUUCUUUCUUUAUUUUCUUUCCAAAAGAAAAAAAAGAGGAACAGAUAUAUUCAGCUCAUUAAAUUUUAUCCUUUAUGUAACACCCAAUACCCAAUAUUACGGUACUUAUAUAUAUGAUAAAAUAUAGAUUAUACAUAUAUAUUAUACUAUUUAUAUAUAGUGCAAUCUUAAAACGAUUUUUCAUGCAGUAUUUGAUUAUCACAACGUUGCUACAUUGUUCAAAUUUUAGACUGAUUAUUAAACAUCGUCACAAGUAUAUGACUUGCAUGGUUCUUUUUUAUAAUAAUACGCAUUUUUUAUAAUAAUACGCAAUAUUAUUAUAAAAGUUUAACAGAGAACGUUGCCCUUUAAAACGACAAAUUACAUCUAAAGAAGAGAGAGAGAGAAAGAUAGCAGAAGCGGGACAGAAUUAAUUACAUGCUUUUUGAUUAUAAUCCAAUCUAAAUGUUCAGGUGAACGUAUUCCCUUUGGUCUCAUCUUCGAUGUAUCUUCUUUUUUUUUACGUGUUAACGCACAUAAAGGCGAAUGAAGAAUAGUGGCAUCUGUAAAGAAUACAUUGAGAGAAACUGAUACACUUAUUUAGUGUUUGAAGUUUGUUAAAUAGGAGAAUUUGAAAAAGUGUAGUAUUGCGAAAAAAAAAGCUGUGCUCAGAUCAAUUCACACAUUGCUGAUGAACCAUCAAUUCCCAUAAGAUUUCAAAUAUAUAUAUUCACUGUGUUAUUAAACGUGGAGUGAAUAAUUCAUCAACCAAUUCCCAAGUUUUUUUAUGUAUAUCAGGACUGCGUGAUUACCGAACAGAAAGAAAAAGAAAAAAGUGGAAGCACUUGCAAUUUUAUAUGAUGAAAUUGAAGAAAGAAAAUUCGUACGUUAUGUUUGAAAAUAUAUCUAAAAGAGAAACGAAAAAAAAACGAGGCAAUGCAAUCCUCGUCGCUGCUAAUUAUAAUUUUGUGUGCCUCGACGUCUUUUUUUAAAAUAAAGCUAAUUAUGAUUCUUAAACUACAUUGAGAACAUAUUCUAUCUGUUUAUUUAUAAUUAUAUCAUAAUAUUGUUUGUAUCAUAAUUAUUUACUAUAAAACAUUAGUAAAAAAAUAAAAAAAAUUUCUUUUCUGUAUAUAGAUUAGAAUAUAAUACAUAAAUAUGUAAUAACGUUAUUAUUAUUAUAUAACAAUUAUUGUAUAUAAUAUUAUUAUUAUAAUACAAUAAUUUAUUAAAUAAUAAUUUUAUUAUAUUUUAUUAUUUGUAGUUGAAAGUAUUCAAUAUUUUGUAAAAUGUAUUUAACGAUUAAUUGUAUCAAUUUUAUCGGUUCUUUCUAUACAUGCUAUCUCCUUAUUGAAUUAUUAAUUAAUCCGUAGCGUCUAUUAAGUCAGUAAAAUCGAUAUUACAUACAAGAGUUGCAUCAAACAAUUACACUAAGUUAAAAAUUAAAUGAUCUUUCGAGAGUCAUCAAUACUGGAUCGUGUAUCAGAUUUAAUUAGCGACUAAAUUCGAGCGGAAAGGUCAACGCAGAAGCUUCACCUGAUUCGAGUGUAUACCAUACCAAAAGAAUCCCUCUACGUAUAGUUUUGCAUGCUUUCAGAAGAAGAGAGAGCCUAGGUGGCACAGUUGCCAGGACGACAAUCAAAUCACAACAAAACAUUUCUCCAGUUGCUCCCAAGUUUUGAGUAAGAACUAAAGGAAAAGGAGAAAAAGUUUGGUACAUAAUGAGGGAAAAUACUAAAUUCAUUGUAACUGAGGUGAACAAGCUGCUGGGACGUAGUUACAGUGUCAUUUAUUUCAAUUCCUUAAGCUCAGAGGAAUUGGUUCAAGUGUUGAAAGAAGUGUUGAUUAAAAUACAGGAUCAGAAUGUCGAUGCCAGUGAUACAAAGAAUGAAACUCCCGAAGAGAUCUCCAUCUAUAUCCUGUCUAUUCUCCGUAUUCUUCAUUAUCAGCCUCAAACAGACCCUGUGACCUUUAGGCAGGGCUUGGUUCGCGGAGAUCCUGAUACCAUACACCCCAUCCUGACCUGGCUUCUGUCUCACAUAAACGUAGUUCGAAAAAGAGCUUACUUAUCACGUUUUCUAGUGAAGUUAGAGGUUCCUGCUGAGUAUUUAGGCGAUCCAGAAGUCUCCGCUUUGUACGAACAAUACACAAGUUUGAUCGAUAGAUUCAAAGCAGCGCACAAGGAAAGGGAGAUCGGAAGGAAGAAUUUUGAAAAUGCUAGCGAGCUCACUGCUGAUUUAAAAACGAUGGAGAAGGAGAAAGAAGCGGUAACUAUACGUAUAGAGAAGAUGAGAACGAAAGCUGAAAGCGGAAUACACUUGUUGGAUGCUGCUCGAGCUUUGCGAGUAGAGAAAGACAAGGAACGCGAUUUUGCGUUGCAGGAGGAACAAGAAAAAGAAAUAAUAUCCAGAUUACAAACUAACUUACAAAGAUUGGAAAGAGAAUUACAAAUUCUGAAGAAAGAUGAGAAUGAAAUUACUGUUCAGUCAUUAUUACAACAUUUAUCUGAGGUGAUUACCGUUCAAACUAUAGUCACAGAUGAAAAGCUACCUGCGGAAAUACACACGAGAAAAGAUCACAUAAAAGCUUUGAACGCAGUAAAACAGUAUUUGUAUUUGGGUCCGGAUCAAAUAACGGCUUUACGAAAUAAAUUGGAUAGUAUAGGCAAAGAGAUUCAGAAUUUGAUAGAGUUUAAGAUCUCGAAAAGCAAUAUUGAUAAGAUUGAACCAUUUCGACAACAAGCAGCCGCAGUUGCAAAUAUAAAAAGAAACAUCCUUGAAAAAUUAGAGAGGACGAUGAGUUCUUUACAAGAGCUGCAAGUAAAAUUGGAAGAGAAGCAUGAGCUGUCAAAAAUGGUGGUAGAAGAUGUUAUUCCUAAAGGGGAGGAGUUAAAAAAGUAUAUAAAUCGUUUAAAAACUAGAGGAACGCUUUAUAAACAUUGUAAGUCCGAAUUGACAUGGCUUAAUGCAGAAAACAGUGUUUUGCAUCGAACAGCCGCCAUCUUAGAAAAUCAGUAUAAUCAAUGCAAUCAGGCGAGAGAGAGACUGGAAACUGUAAAAAAAAAUAUUCCAGUCAAUUUCACGGAAGAAAAUGCAUCCUCAAUGAAUCUUCAGUUGGGUCGGGAUGUAUCUGCUUUUAGAGCGAAAUUGGUCCCAUUAAUAAAUGAGGUGCAGAGUUUGAGACAAAAGUGUCGAGAAUUCGAACAACAGCAGGAGAAAGCGAAGAAAGCUCACAACGAAGUAGAAUCAAGCAUGAGUAGCUCGAUUAAUAAUUUACAAUCUGAAGUGCAGAGUAGAAAAAACAAAAUAGCAAAGGAUAUUGAAGAGAAGGACAAACUGCAGAAUCUAAUAACUAAAAUGAAGACUAUGGAAGAAAGAAUAAAACGAGACAUAGAGGACCCAACAGUUUCUGAUCCUGGUAAAAAGAUAAAAGAGGAACUAAACUCUGCCAUCCAGGCGGAAGAAACAAAGUUAAAAAAUUUAACGAUGGAAAAAGAAUGUUUAAAAGAAACCACCGUGGUAAACGAAAAACAAACGCAGAUGUGGAAUGAUAUAUUAUCAGUGUUUAAAUGUAAAAUAAAAUGUGCCGAGGAAAGUAAACAAUCGAAUGGAAUCGUCGUACGACGAGGAGGAGCAGAAACGUUGGUUUUACAGUAAUAUAUAUUCAGGAAAAGAUAUUCAGUGAAAUUGUCGGCAUUGGAGAUAUGUAUAUCGAAUUAACAAAACUUUAAUCACAUAAAAAAUACAAUUUAAAUUUACAGAUUUUCGUGAUCGAUUCGGUAAUUUAAAAAUUAGAUUGAGACAGUUACAUAUAUUCAAAGUAGAAUUGAAAGAUAUAUAACACUAUAUAACUUUCAUUCAGUAACAUUUUUUAACGUUAAAUUUAUAAACACUAACAAUUGAUUAUUUUGAAGAAAGUAUACGCUAAAGUAUUUAAUAUCACACUUCUACGAAUGUUUUGUUUCUGAAAUAUGUGUUCUAAAUGUAUUUCACGAAACAAUAUUAUGCUAUGCUUGUACAUGUCUUGUAUUAAAAUACAACAUUAAAUAUAUCUUUUUACAAUAUGUGUUGAAAGAGCUGAAUUUAAUGAAGUUGUAGCCGAGAAAUAAUAAAUGUUAACAUUUUUUCAACUUUAACAAAAGUCUCAUUCAUACCUCGGUUGUUUUAUUUGAAAUUUAUUCUUUUUUGUUCUUUUAAUCAAGUUCAUUUUUACUCAGCUCUAAUUAUACCUACUAAGGAAUUCAGGUUCUUUUACGGUUCGAAUAUGAUUAGUUCAAUCACUAAUAUUAAGUGAUAUGUCAUCGAGAUCUAUGAGUGAACGUGUACUAGUCAAUUAUUACAACGUCUAGGAUAUAAAAUGCGCAUUUUUGUCCGAAGGGAAAAUCCUAUUUCUCCUUUGGCAUAGAUAUAUAAAACAUA